GUCUGUGCGGUUCUGCUAAAACAUUUUUGUGUGAUAUGUUUUAUAUGUUAAGGUUUGAUCUCAUUUUAGAGGUUUACUAUUGUUGUGUGAAUGAUUUUAUGCAACCGUGGAUUAAAACAAUCAGCUGAUGAUGAACGUCAAAUGGAAGAUACAUUAACAAAGGUCACAGACUUUGUAAAAUGGUUUGAGUUUGUUGUCAUGAAGACAAACAUAAUGAACAAAUGAAUGUACUUAGGACGGCCCAGAAUAAAAGGCUGAUUACACAGAGCGGGACUGAAGAGCUCUCAGACUGAACAGGAAAAAGGUUCCUGUAAACUGUGUCGUCACUCGCCGCUCUGUGGUUUCUGUGUUGUUUGGCCAUUAAAUGUGAUUACAUGAGGCAAAGCAGAAGGUCAGGCGGCUUAUUCCCUCGGCUAAUGAGGAAGAAAUAACCAUGCCCGAGGCGUUAGAAAAUCAGCAUAGGUGUGGUUAUAGCUGCCCCCACCCCCCUCGCGCGCGCGCUCUCUCUCUCUCUCUUUCUCCACAAUGGCACCGUGUGAGAACAAGGAGCUCACAGGUGUUGAGAGAGGAAAAACGUGUAUUGGAGCGCGCGACCUCGUUCUUUCGGCUUCGCAUGCAAAACAGAUGACUCCCCUUCAAAAUGGAGUCGUUUGAAUACAGUCGGGGAAACUUUACAGUGUGUGGACCGUGCAUGCAUUUAAAGAAUGGCCUUCACACUUCCAGACAGCGCUUUGUUCCUCGACUGUAUGCGUCUGUUGAGACAGUAGCAGGCGUUAUUCUAAUGGCGACCAAGUCUAUUAUCAUCAAUCACAGCACAAAGACACGCUUAUAAGCACACUGAACACACGGAACUUGUCGGGUCCUGAUCAGCGUUACACUCCUUUUUUAUUCAGUACAUUUGCGAAAUCAGAAGCGUCUCGUUGAUGUGUUUCAACUUGCGAUGCUGCAAAAAAAAAAAAAAAAAACGUUCAAUAUGUGUGCACGCGUGCGUUCACGUUUAAUGGGCCUUCUUCUCGCGCGAGCGUCGCCACAGCGAGGGGGUCCUCGCGAGGGUCCGUGGGAGACCAUCGGGCGCGCGCACGUUGCGCGCGCUGCCGUUUGGACUGUGUGAACGGGCAGGACGCCAGCGUCGUGCAGAAAAACAACAUUUACCGUUAGCGAUGACUCUUGUGUAGUUUUGCAACGUUCACUAAUCAGGUAUAUCGAGUUCUGCAGCUUAACAGUUUACAAUUAACGGUGACAAAAAAACGUUUCCCACGAAUAGUUGUCAUGCAGGUUGAUGUCAUGGAUCAAAACAAGCGGUCAGCCUCAUCUCCGAAGCGAAGACCGAUACAGACACGUCGCUAACGACCGGGUGCGCGCCCCCACCGUGUAUCCAGUCAAGCGCAAGCGCGUCCACGAGAGAGGCCUCACACUGGAGGAAAGGCGAGAGCGGGCGUUGAGCAGAAGCGUGGGUAAAGCCGCCCACAGAGCGGCACCAGCCGCGGCUGCCGCCCCACAGAGCCCCUCGUCCUCAUGGAGUCCCACCCCCAGCCCCACCAGCCCCCUGCCCGCCCACGUGUACUACGCCCCCAUCAUGGACCAGCCAAUCGCCCUCAUCAAGAAGCCGAGGAAGGACCCCGGCGGCACGGAGGAAAAGGCCAAAAGCGCCGCAGCCAGUCACAUUCAGGUGCGUCCGUCUGUGAUCACCUGCGUCUCGUCGUCGGGGAGCCCCUCCUGCCGAUCCGAGGUGCACGGAGGCCCCGCGUCAGCGGCCUCCUCCGGCGGCGGCGGCGGCGGCGGCUACGACCACGUGGUGGAGGAGCACUUCCAGCGGAGCCUCGGCGCCGACUACCCCAAGGCCCGCGCCCAGCAGCGGCUCUCCAUCAGCGUGUCGGUGGACGACCACUUCGCCAAGGCGCUGGGGGAGACGUGGCUGCAGAUCAAGUCCAAGUCGUCCUCCUGCUCGUCCACGCCCCCCAGCAGCCCCAGCGUCACCCACUCCCCCACCUACAGCCGCAGCCCCCGCCGCUCCCACAAGGAGCCCGGCGGCGGCUCGUCGUCGGCCUGCGGCCACUGGCCCGUCACCAAGACCUGAGACGACCCGGGGCCCAGGAUGACUUUACGUUUCACGUCAUGCAGCUCUGCCGGGAUGGAGCCGCCGGGGGCCCGUGGGGAGAGAGCGAGCCGAGAGCUGCAGGAUGGGAGUCGCCGUGGAAACGCACGGAUGCAGGAGAAUGUAGCGUUUAGGGCCACUCUGUUACAUUUCUAUCCUCUGUUGGUCGAUAGCAUUUAUUUACCUGAGCUGGUGAUGUGGGACGAUUUAAUCAGUCAAUUAAUAAUCCUUUACAUUUCCUUGAUUCUGUGUCAUUUGAAUUCAUUGUAUUAUAUUUAUGUUCUGAUACAGUUGUGACCCUUGCAGGCUGAAUGGCGCGUCCUUAAGCUGUACUAUACUGUGCUUUUGCUGUACAGAGAAUAAAAAAAAGGUCAAAUCUGUCAA